AUGCUUGAGCGCGUCCGGUUCGGUGGUUUCAGUGGCACGUACAAAGUAAGGGGCGCCGAGCUGGCUCGCGACAGGAAAACGCAAACGAAACCGGUGACCGUACUUUUCCUCGAUGAAAGUACGCACACGUUCCAUCUGGACAAGCGCGCCAAGGGCGCCGAACUGCUCGAGCAGGUCUUCCAGCACGUGGAGCUGUCCGAGCGGGACUACUUCGGGCUACAGUUUCCCACCGCGGAAGAUGCACACGCACUCGCCAAUGGUGGUGGUGGAGGUAGCAGCAACAACAACAGCAAAAGCGAUCCAUCCGCCGGUGGUGGAUCGUGCAGCAGUGGGUCGAGCGCUGGCGGAGGACCGAACGGUAGUGCGAUCCCGCCAGCCUCGUCAGCGAUUCCUUUCCCAUCCGGACGGCAACCGGUACGGUGGUUGGAUCCGAACAAACCUUUCCGCAAGCAGUUAAACGAUGCGCGGGCCAGUACUGCGGUGGUGCGGCAGCAUGCGGACGGUGGUCCACACGUGCCAUUGUUGUUGUUUCGCGUCAAGUUCUACGUCACCGAUCCGAGUCGGCUGCACGAGGAGUACACGCGCUACCAGUUCUAUCUGCAGAUUCGGCGCGAUGUCUAUCAGGGCCGGUUGCCCGUCACACUGAACACUGCCUGUCUUCUAGCCAGCUUUACCGUGCAAGCUGAACUUGGCGAUUACAAUCCGUUGGAGCAUACGGCCGGCUAUCUGAGCGAGCUACAACUUCUCCCGGAACAAACAGAGGAAGCAGAGCAUCGCAUUUCGGAGCUACACAAACUACACCGUGGCCAGCUGCCGGCUGAUGCCGAGUACAACUAUCUCGAACAUGCCAAACGGCUCGAGCUGUACGGGAUCGAUUUUCACCGAGCGACGGUAAACCAGUCGAAGCGAUUUGCUCCAUUCGGGCACCACUCUACCCCCCUCCCAACCCGUCCUCUGUUGCAGGAUUCAUCCGGUAAGGAGCUAGCGCUCGGCGUGUCAUCCCUCGGCCUGUUGGUGUAUCAGAAUGGUACACGCAUCAACACCUUCUCCUGGUCAAAGGUGGUGAAGGUGUCGUUCAAGCGGAAAGAUUUCUUCAUCCAACUAGCCCGCGAACCGUCCGAACACUACGACACACUGCUCGGGUUCAGUAUGGGAUCGCACCGGAAUGCCAAGCUGCUGUGGAAGGCUUGCGUAGAGCAUCAUUCGUUCUUCCGGCUCAAGAAACCACACCGUUCGCCACGUUCCUUCCUACCACUUACACUACGCUCCAAAUUCCACUAUUCUGGCCGUACCGAACUGCAAGCCAUCACGGAAAGUCGGCAGCGUGGUAAGGUGGCGAAAAUUUUCAUCCGUUCGCCUAGUCGCCGACUAUUGGCCACCAUUUCACAACCACAAUCCCCCCAGCUGAACGGUAAUGGGGCAAGUGCUGGUGGUACUGGUGGUGACGGUAGCGGUGCAUCGUGCAAUGAGGCAAGCAACGGCGGGGCAAACAUUAGUGCUUCCGGUGGGAACAAAAAUCAGCUUACGUUGCUAUCAAUUACAAAAGCAACGCGUACGUACGAUAAGGUGACGUCCAAGACGCCAUCGUCGAUGCCGCGUAAAGCGUGGGAGCAGCAGACGGAUGAGCCUACUUUCAUCGAACACUGUGCCAGGACAUCAAUGCCCAUGUACGAUUCACCUCCCGCAUAUGCGGGCCUUAACGGAAGCAGUCCAGCCAACGGAAUCGCCGCCGAUGACGAAAGCAACGGACUGGUUACGAUCCAUCUCGUAGCCGAUGAGCAAGGUCGGUUCGGUUUCAACGUAAAGGGUGGUAUCGAUCACGGUCUCCCCAUACUGGUUUCGCGCGUUGCACCACACACUCCGGCCGACAAAAGUACACCACGCGUCUGUGAGGGUGAUCAGGUUGUGCGGAUAAACGGCCGGGACGUUAGUACGCUGGCAUACGAGCAGGUGGUUAGUUUAAUACGUGCCUCGCGGGAGUAUCAGGGCGGUGCGCUGCUGCUAACACUGAAACCGAAUGCCUUAGUCGAUUACACCGAGGAAGAACCGCUCUACCAGUACGUGCCGGAGGAGAACGAUAUUGUGCGGGCCGGAGGAUUGCUAAACGGUGAUCAACUGUUUACCCAAUCGUUGCUUUUGCUUCGCGAUGGGCUUGCAUCCGGCGCACUGUUGGCACAGUACGAGCAGCUGUACCGGAAGAAUCCGGAGCUGGCUAUAACAGAGGCACGCAAAAACGAAAACAUCGGCAAGAAUCGUUACCGGGACAUAUCACCGUAUGACUGUACACGCGUCGUACUGCAGCACGCGGAAAGUGGCGAUUACAUUAACGCCAACUACGUUAACAUGGAAAUACCUCCCGCCCGCAAAACGAACCGUUACAUCGCUACCCAGGGUCCGCUCCCGUCCACGGUGAACGAUUUCUGGCGCAUGGUACAGCAAGAAAGCAGCCAUUUGGUAGUGAUGCUGACGACGGUGAAGGAAAGCGGCAGCACCAAGUGCCAUCAGUAUUGGCCAUCGGCCGAUGACGAUCCACUCGUACCAUCGGCCGGCUUUUCGAUCAGUUGCCUUACGGAGAAGCCGGACGAAACCGGUAGCUUCGUGUUUCGCGAUCUCGUCAUGACGGAUGAACGCACGAACGAGACACGCACCAUCCAGCACAUGCAGUAUCUCGCUUGGCCGGAUCACGACGUACCGGCGGAUCCGAAUCUGUUCCUACAGUUUACGGAACGGGUACGGUCAGCCCGGGAAACAACGCUCCCGUUAGAGAUCGAGGCAAGCCUUAAGAAUGUGAAAUUGCGCAGCGUCGACGAGAACGGAGGUUUGGACAAUUCCGAGCGACGGAUCGUACACACGGACAGUGACGAUAGCCCGAACGAUAUGCCGUCCUCAACGUCGGUGCAUCAAUACAUUAGUGCAUCAAAUCCUCCGAUCAUCGUACACUGUUCGGCGGGCAUUGGACGCACCGGAGUGUUGAUACUAAUGGAUACGGCACUAGCAUUGAUGGAGGUACGAGAACCAAUCUAUCCGCUGGAUAUUGUACAGGCAAUGCGCGACCAACGGCCCUGCAUGGUACAGAAUGUGAGUCAAUACCGUUUCGUGUGCGAAUGUAUCUGUGCCGCGUAUCUGCAGCAGGUAGCGAAGGAACAGGCCGCAGCAUCAGUCCCUAGCUCACCCACAGGCACGCUGGAAGCUAAAAAACCGACUGCUGCACCACCGCCGAAAUCCGUUCCGAGCAUAGCAUCGCCAGAGGAAACGGCACUUGAUACGCCGGCAGAUAACGAGCGAAAAGCACCGCUAGCGACGGAAACGACAAGCAUCAGUACGGCUACCGUAUCGCCGUCUAAUGGACAUCAGGAACAGGAGCAUUAGAACGUAUCACUACGUAUCAUCA